AUGGCCGACACCGCUUCAGACACCGCUCCGCCCGCUGCCGCUGCAGCAGCGACAACAGCAUCAUCAUCAGAUAAACCUGCCAACAACAACUCGGCAACCACGAAUACCUCCAACACUGAAACGACAUCGAAUGCCCCCCAGUCGAAUUCGCAAACGGCGCAAUCCAACAUGGGAACUCCCAGUAACAACAAGAACCCUGGCUCCAACCCCGCCGCUGCCACGGCUAGUGGUGCCUCUGAGAAUCGCGGCCUACCUUACUACGAAAAGUUGCGACGCGAGUUACGCGACACUUUACAGAGGAAGCGAUUGAUGGAUAAAAGCAUGACGCAACUAGAAGAUAAUAUCUUCCGUUUCGAACAGUCAUACCUCGAAGAGACCAGCGCGGGCAACAUCAUCAGAGGAUUCGACAAUUAUAUCAAGGGCUCGAGUGGCUCAUCUGGCCUAGGAGGCGCUGGCAGCCUCUCGAUAUCUGGUGCGGGCGGCGGUGGCACCAUGCGACGCAAAUCAGCUGUGACGGACACGGAUCGAGUGUUUAGUCGGAGUUCCGCCUCGUUUAUGCGCGAUUCACCCGCACCAUCCUCGGUACAAACAACGCCGUCGCAUGCACCCACGCCAACAUCGUCCCACGGUGGUCCUUCCUCUGCGUCCAAUAAUGGCGGAGGAGGAGGCUCAAGCGCCAAAGCAGACGGAACGAAAAGCGGCUCGUCAAAGAACAAGAAGAAGAACUCGUCUGUGUCUACGCCUGUCGCCAAGGAUGACGAGGAUGUAGAUAUGGAAGGGAACGGGUCUAGCAAGCCACCCGCGAAGAGGCUGAAGAUCAGUUAUGGACGAGAUUGA